CACAAUGCAAUGGUACAGCAGACAAAGAUGGCUGACGUUGUGUGAUGAAAGAGAAAUGUAGUCACUGGAGUUUUUAAACGACCAUAUCUCAUGUCUCAGCUUGUGAAUACUGCCCACAGUUCCAAGAUUUAUAAAGGGGUGGAUCCGUUGCAGUAGCUUUGUUUAUUUCUCCAGCAAUGAGUGCUAGUGUUGUCUCGCCAUCAACACCCAGUUCAACGGAUGGGGAUAUUGGUGCAUUUGGUGGCAUGGAUGAUGACAGAGGUGUAAUUUCCCCCAGACCAAUGAGUACCGACAGCAGCACCGGCGAUCUAGUAAUGCGAAGUACCAGUUUGGACUGUUCCCCUGACGACAGCGAAGAUGCUGAAGAGAAGGCCAGACUGACUUGCCAGGUGUUGGAACUACAGAACACGCUGGAUGAUUUGUCAACAAGAGUGGACAAGGUGAAAGAGGAGAACCUGAAAUUGAAGUCCGAGAAUCAAGUCCUUGGUCAGUACAUUGAGAAUCUCAUGUCAGCAUCUAGCGUGUUCCAGUCCACAUCACCAAAGAGCAAGAAAAAAUCGGGAGGCAAGGGAAAGAAGGCUGACAAGUGAAUCCCUGCAGUAUGUACUUGUGUGUGUGAGUGUGCUCGCCUGUAAACUACACGCCUGCUCACAGCAGGGUGUCGCAAGGCAAGGCACCGCAUCUGAAUAAAUUAAAAACUUUUCUUGCAGCCGACCUGCAAUUCUAAAACAACCCAGCCACAAUGAAAGUUCUGCUCUGUGACUCGAAAACCCAAAACCCUGCAGAAGUUUUGUUGGGGUGCGUAUUUUUCAAAACCCUCUUGAGACCAUGAUUGGCUUCAAGGGAUUAUCACCAACUCAUCGCUGAUUUACUGGAAACGUGUCGGUACUGUGCAGAUAUGUGGUGUAAGAAAUAUGCAAAACGCCUAGCUAAUUUGACGUCUAUUUAAAGUUUUCAAGUAUUGUACAUACGCUCUACAAAAAGAAGUUGUGGCAAUUCAAUGAAGAGAAGACGUUUACUGGUUCGUCAUUGUACAUGUAUCCAUUAAGCAGUAUGUCUUACAAUGUCCAAUCAUGUUAACAAGACAAACGUGACUCACCAAUAUACACAAUUUAUGUCAUCACAGCGUUAUAACUAAAUAUAUACAAAAAGCACCAAAAUAUAAGUAAGACGUGAUCACCGAUAAUUGUACUGCAUAUAGUUAGUCACAAUGUGCGUCAUAUUAUCAGAGAGUGAAACUUAACUAAAAAUAACCAUGGGUCAUGUAAUGCCAAGAAUUGUGAAAGUUCUCUGUAGAAUUUGUCAGAUUAAUACAUGUACAUUGAAUCGUACCCUGCACAUGGACCACGAUAUUCAGACAUUUUUUCUUAGUGGUAUGACGCAAUCAGGGGGGGGGGGG